UAUUUUAAACGUGCAUCUGGCUCUGAGUUGGACUGAGUGUGUCUGCUUGGUGGGGACGGUGUCCUCUGAGAGAAACGUUUAGGUUCAAGCUCUGAAAGUCCUGAACAUCCAGCUUUACCCUUCUACCAUCCAGCUUUCUCUGCUUCUGUUAUUUCGACCGCUCCCAUGGAGGCCCCCUUGCCGGCCAAUCACGGAGCCCUUUUAGAACCAGCAGGCUUCGGUUUGGUCAAACCCACCGAACCCCUCACAGACCACAGCUAUCUCAAGGAAUUCCAGUUCUCCCAUAACGGGACGCCCACCAUCAAUGACAGUCCAGGCUCAGCCACAGCUGUUGACUCCAUGCCGGCCGUUUCUCCUGAGGAGGAAGAGGAAUGCCUGGUGGACUCACAGCCUAUGUGCUUUAGGGAAAACCCCUUCCUGGUAGCGAACCGUAAAGGGAAAGGUCUUCCACCUGGAGAGCAGAUCCUGUCCGGGCCCCCUGUGGGCUACGGCCAGCAAGGAAAGCUGCAGCCCUGGUUAUUCAGCAAGACACCUUCUGAUUACACCAGAACAGACAGUCCUGUCAGGGAAGCACCAUAUUCUCCCACCAUCCAGCCGCCCAGCCACCACUCCUCCAACAGCUCCCUGUGUGCAGGCAGGGAGACCCGCUUUGCAAACAUUCAUUACACUGCCACUCCCACUGCUAAGGACAGCACCUCAUCAUCAACGCGGCCCGGUGCCAUCCAACCAGUCGGACGUGUCCGGCCCACCACCUCCCCCGGCACGCCGGAGCGCCGCAGUCCCAACCCUUUCCAGCAUGGCCCCUCCCCAUUCAACUCCCAGACCUCUCCUCGCGCCCCCUCCCCUUCUUCGCCCGACGAAUUCCCAAUGAAUGUCAAGCAGGCAUACAAGGCGUUCGCUGCCGUGCCUCGCUCGCUGGCAGUGCUGGAGCCGCCGCAGGAUCUGUACAGCGGGAGGAACAACUUUCACAUGAAGCAACCUUCACCAGAGCCUGUUUUGAACGACGAGGUGUUUGAUGAUAGAAUCGAUGGUCAGGAAGGAGGCGGAGAGGGUCUGACCAGAAAGGUCUCCCCCCGGCCCUCCCUGUCUUCUGAUCGGCGGGAGUAUAUGAGUCUGGCCGCGGUGCCCUGCUUCUCCAGAUCCUCCAUGGAAAUGAAGAUUCCUCUUGGAGGGAAGAACAGCCCAGAGCAGCGCUCCUUCAGGGACAGGCAGAAAUACUUUGAGAUCGAUGUGAAACAGCAGACACCAGAGAAGCCUAAACCCAGAAUUUCCCUCGUUGGAGAGGAAGACCUCAAGAAAAUGAGGGAGGAGGAAGAGAGAAGGUUUGAGCAGCGGGCACGGGAGUACCUAAUGGACGAGGAUGAGGAAGAUGAGGAAGAAGAAGACCUGGCUAAGCAGGUGGAGCACAUGAAGGCUACUGGGAAGGUGCUGUUGGACGGGGUGGAGUACAAGGUGGAGCCUGUGUCGAGCCCAUCUCAGCACUGCUCCACACAACUGAGCUACUGCGGCAGCUCAGGGCCUUCCUCGGUGGACGGUAAAGGUGACUCUCAAAGGAAUUCACUAGAGGACAGCUUCAGGUUGGAGCAGAGGCCAAACUCUAUGACAGGUCUGAUAUCAGCUUACCCUGGAGAGUCAACUGCACCGAUUCGUACAGCCAAAGCAGAACGCAGACACCAAGAAAGGCUGAGGAUGCAGAGCCCUGAGCUGGCUGUGGCCCCAGACAAGGACCUGUCCCCUGCAGAGAAACGAGCGCUAGAAGCUGAGAAACGGGCCAUGUGGAGGGCAGCACGGCCCUAUGGCCUAGAGGAGGAUGUUAGACAGUAUGAGCAGGACCUGGCAAAGCGGCUCUACCAGGCCCGAGUGAGGGCCUCUCAGGGCGCAGCCCCCCAGCCCCAUGCUUCCUCCUCUACCUCCUCCUCUGCAGCCUCCCAGCUCAGAAUGAAGUCUCUGGAACAAGAUGCACUGAAAGCUCAGAUGGUCAUUGCCAAGUCUCGGGAUGGGAAGAAGCGAGGGACACUAGACCAGCUGGCGGAGUCCCCAUCUCCUGCUCCAACGCCAUCUCCCACUCCAAUGGAAGAGCUCAGUCCUCGAGCUUUGACCUCACCCGGCAGGCUGUCCCUGUCAUCAAAGAAGUUUGACUACCGACAGUUUGCCGCCAUUCCUUCUUCCAAACCCGUAUACGACAUUCAGACACCUGAUGCAGCAGAGGAAGUGCAAUACAUCGACGCCUCCAGCAUUGCCGGCACUGAAGUGGAGGUUCCCGCCCCGCUGCCCGCUACCUCUGCCUUGGAGGAGAUGGCCCUUUACAGCAACAAGCGCAAGCUGAGGCAGGGGCGCCGCAGCCUGGAAACCGCCAUGCCCACGUAACACAACCAAAAAAAAAGAAAUAGUCACCGACAUUCACACACAGGAGAGGAGCUCUUCAAGCAUAAACCACUGCAAAGACUCAAGCUUCUAGUCGCCACUCUUAGAUACUCACUUAUAACCUGCGUGCCAGUCUUGCCUUUAUAGUCUGUGGGUAAGUUGGCGAGCUCCUCAGAGAAGAGGAGACGAUGCAGUUAGUUAGGAUUGCUACUUACAGACAAAUUAUUUUCUUAAAUUUUCUGUUUGCCUCGUAGAUCGGAUCUAUUUUAACUUGAGGGUGAUCAAAAUUUCUAGUUGUUUUCUUUUUU